UGAUGUCGGACGACAGAUCGGCCGGGGCAUGGGGUGCGAGGUAAUAUAACCCAGGCCCGUACCUUUCUAUCACUUUGCACUUACGGAAAGUAGUGAUCCACUACGCAGCGCGCCGACAGUGCCUUUUGACGAACCCACCGGAUUCAUACGCGUAGGCGGUUUCAGCGAGGCCUGCACGAUUGAAGUCUCGGUCCACACAAUGACGAAAGCGUCACCCGUCUUUGCUCGCCUGUUCUGCAACGGCAGUUCAGUCGUUUUCGCCGGGCGAACCAUGCGAUACAUUGAUCUGCCUGGAGAGAAUGCGAUAGUUGCAUAUUUGGUCAUAAAGAUUUUGCAUGCCGAGGAGCCUUGGGUGGACCUAUGGUACAAUCCACAUCUACUUGGGCUCAUGGCCGAUUUUGCCCAUCGGUUCGACUGCUUAAAGUCGGGCGGCGAGUGGUUCGGUAAGGCAUUGGUAAGAUGCAAGCGAAUGAUCAUGAAUCGGUGGCCUGCUAUGUCUGCUGAGAGGUGUGGGUGUGGGCCCCUUCUUCGACUUACAUACCUCACGGCGCAUGCGUUUGCUUUUUACCUGAUCAGCUGGAUCAUGCUUGUGGAUAUGAAACCUCAGAGGGUCGUGUAUUCCACUUCACAGGCCGGUUUAACAGAGAUGAUUCAACGUCGGAUGGCCGAACGCGUACGAAGGUACCACCGCAAAAUGAUCGAAAGGCUCUGGCCAGACGCCGUUCGGGACAUGAUCUAUCCACUGGUAGCGAACGCUUCUUCCCCUGAAACAUGGCCUGCCUGCCGUCGCCGACUCCUCGCAAACUACGUCGAGGCAUUGCAACAAGAGGGCGCCUUUUUCAUAUCCAGAACUCUUUACGACUAUGUUGCCUUGUCCGAAAGCAUUCAGAAAGAGCUACCCACGGUUUCUUGUGGACACGAGGCUUGCGAGCAGACGCGCAAAGUGCUUGAUGAAAUCAGUCUUCGUACUGUCGAAGUCUUCCGGGAAACUCGUGGGGUCUGCCUUCUGUGCCUCGAAAAUGGAGACACCGGAUCGUGCGCAAACUGCGAGGAAUGGUCAAAGUGGGUCGAACUUCUCAUCGAAGAACUACUUCCCCCUCCGCAUAAACAGCCGACUACAAAGGGAUGGAGCUGAACUGCCUAUCAUGAUUCCAUUGGUUCGCCGUUAAUCCCCA